AUGGCUGUUUUUACACAAAAUCCAGGCCCAACAGCAUUGAUCUGUGGCGGUGCUGGUUCAGAUGAAACUCGUAUACCCACCGAUCAGUCAAACAACUCGGUACCUGAUCACAACGAGUCCGAUCCAUCAACUUGUUUCCUUGCUCCCGGUUCAUCCUCAUCCCUGGUCGAUACCAUGCCACCAUGGUCGCAGUCUAGUACAGCACCCAAAUCGCCAGUCAAUGAACAUGGAGUUAUAAUUAAUCCGAUGCUUAUUGGAAGCAAACUGAUGAGUCCUUUGUAUACUGCAUUACAUUUAGCACCACCAGGUAGUUCUUGCGGCCAGUCGGUCGAAUCACAGCCAAACAUGAGCUCGGAAAAACUGAUUCUCCAACCGGACAGAACCUUGUCUCCAUUAACACGCGCAGCUGCUGUUGCUGCAGCUGCUGCCGCAACAAUCGCCGCUCCGAUUCAGCAUUCACUUCCACCGCCCUCGUCACACUGCGGCUCGUUUGUGGAUAGAGCUUCCGUACGGGACUCAGAUACCUCUUUAUUGAAACCCACACAGUGGAUCAAGUCGCAUAGUUCCGAUUCGGCAGAUCGUAUCCCAUCGGUCACUGAUGCAGACGUGAAUGAACAAGCAACGUACAAAUCUCGUUUGACAGAACAUCGCGAGACACGAAAACCGUAUGCAUAUAUGAUAGGCUUAAACGAGCUCGAACCAGCAUCAAGAACCCUGGGUGAGUUUGUGUGUGGUGUCUCCAUUUAA